AUGGAGCCAUCUGCAGACACAGUAGAGAUCAUCACUUGUAUCUUUCUGAUCUUGGUGAGCUUAAUUGGGAACACGCUUUUGAUCUAUUCUACUAGGAGAUGCAGCAGCAGGGGGUUGCAAACCUCCUUUGUGCUUAUUUUCAGUCUGGCCUUUGACCACCUCAUUAAGAACUUGGUGGUGAACGUCAUGAAGGUUGCUUAUUCUUCAGGUGGUAUGUUGGAUUCAGCUGGCUGCAAGGUUCUCAGAUUCACAGAGGUUCUGACUACUACUCUUUCCAUCUGGUUCAUGUUGUAUUUAGCCUUGCUUUACUGUCGUAAAUUGGACCGAAUCAUCCACCCUCUCAAUGAGACGGGAAACUCGAACCACCGAAAGAAUCACUUGAGGGUGAAUUUUCUCCUCUGGGCUGCUGGCAUUGUAGUUUGCAUUCCCAUUUUGGCUUACUCGACAAAGUCUGAGAGUAUGUCUGUGGGAAAUGACACUCUUGUCCAGUUCACCAGUGUGCUUUAUGAGAAUUGCAAGAUUGACUUUGAAAAUGUACAGUUAGAUUACUACUAUGAGAAAAUAUUCUUAAUUUGUAUUGACCUUCUUCCUUUGAUCAUCUCAGUCCUCAUCUGUUUCCACAUUUUCUUUCUGCUUUCGGAGCAAAAGAAGGCCACCUAUGGAGACAUUUGGAUUGGAGAGGAUCCUUCAGAGGUUGCGAUCCUCAGAGGAGCUAAACUCAGUAUAUCUCUGGUGUUUCUGAUCACCGCCCUGUGGAUUUCUCACUUCAUCUUAGUCUGCUUCUUAAAAAACCUGGAAAUCUUUUACUUUGUCCCGGCUGUCCUAACAGUCCUCUCUUCAGGGUUCUCUGCCAUCAGUCCUUAUCUUCUUAUGUUGAUACAUUACAAAGUGAAACUGGAGUUUUUCUCCUGUUCCAAAAAGGGAAAAGCCACACCCCAAUCUAGUAGUAUUAUUGUUUCUCCGUAUUCCUAG